ACAUCAAUGAGUGUGCAGUGAACCCUGGGACUUGUGGUCCAGGCACCUGUCAGAAUCUGGACGGCUCCUACAGGUGUAUCUGCCCACUUGGCUACUAUAUACAGGACGAGACCUGUGAAGAUAUUGAUGAGUGUUCUCAGACCCCAGACAUCUGUCUGUUUGGGACCUGCUCCAACACUGAGGGCAGCUUCACCUGUGUGUGUCCCGCCGGCUUCCAGCUGUCCUCCUCGGGACGCAGAUGCGUGGAUGUUCGUGUGAACUACUGUUAUACUAAGUUUGAGAGUGGUCGCUGCCUGGCCCCUAAGCCUCUGAACACGACUAAAGGGGACUGCUGCUGUAGUGCCAUGCCUGGACAGGGCUGGGGAGACCCCUGUGAGAUCUGCCCAGGCAAGAAUGAGGAGGCCUUUACGUCUCUCUGCCAUGCGGUUGGACAGGUGUUUGGCCCUGAUGACCAGCCCAUAGACAUUGAUGAGUGCACAGCCAACCCCAACAUCUGCAACAACGGUCAGUGUAUCAACACCGACGGGUCGUUCCGAUGUGAGUGUCCCUUUGGCUUCCGACUCGACACCUCAGGGAUCAACUGUGAAGAUACUAAUGAGUGUGACCUGGGGAACCCGUGUGGAAAUGGAACGUGCACUAACGUGAUUGGAGCGUUUGAGUGUGCAUGUGACGAAGGCUUCGAACCCGGACCCAUGAUGUCUUGUGAAGAUGUGAAUGAGUGUUCCCAGAAUCCUUUGCUGUGUGCGUUCCGCUGCGUGAACGUGAUUGGUUCCUACGAGUGUAAAUGUCCAACAGGCUACGUGCUGCGAGAGGACAAGAGGAUGUGCAAAGACCAGAAUGAGUGUGAGGAUGGGCUGGAUGACUGUGAGAGUAGAGGCAUGCGCUGUAAGAACCUGAUCGGAACCUACAUGUGUAUCUGUAACCCUGGUUACACAAGGGCCCCUAACGGAGAGGGCUGCAUAGAUCUGAACGAGUGCUCUGCUAAGCCAGGUAUCUGUGAGAACGGUCGUUGUGAGAACACGGUUGGAAGCUAUCGCUGCAGGUGUGACCAAGGCUUCAGCGCCAACCCUACACAGACUGAAUGUAUAGAUAACCGCCAGGGACUGUGUUUCACGGAGGUGUUGACUACAUUGUGCCAGAUGCAGUCCAGUAGCAGGAACAGUGUGACUAAGUCUGAGUGUUGCUGUGACGGAGGACGAGGCUGGGGCUCUAACUGUGAGCUGUGUCCUCUACCUGGGACCACACACUACAAGAAGAUGUGUCCACUGGGGCCUGGAUACACAACAGACGGCAAAGACAUAGAUGAGUGUCGUGUGAUGGGGAACCUGUGUGUGAACGGACAGUGUGUCAACAGCCUGGGCUCCUACAGCUGUGUGUGUAAAACUGGAUACACCACAGAUAUCACUGGCACCCUGUGUGUGGAUAUGGAUGAGUGUGUGCAGGCUCCUAAGCCGUGUAACUUCAUCUGUAAGAACACAGAGGGAAGCUACCUCUGUUCCUGUCCCAGAGGAUACAUCCUGCAGGAGGACGGCAAAAGUUGCCGAGAUCUGGAUGAGUGUCAGAGCAAACAGCACAACUGUCAGUUCCUGUGUGUGAACACCAUCGGAGGAUUCACCUGCAAAUGUCCUCCAGGCUUCACCCAGCACCAUACUGCCUGCAUAGAUAAUAAUGAAUGUGGGUCGGACCCUGCUCUGUGUGGCUCUAAUGGUGUGUGUCAGAACAGCCCAGGCAGCUUCAACUGCGAGUGUACUAGAGGAUUCUCAAUGGACCCCAAUGGACAGAGCUGUGAAGAUAUGGAUGAGUGUGAUGGUAGCCACCGCUGUCAACACGGCUGUCAGAACCUGGUGGGAGGGUACCGGUGUAGCUGUCCUCAGGGAUACCUACAACACUAUCAAUGGAACCAGUGUGUCGAUGAGAACGAGUGCCAGAACACUCAGAUCUGUGGGGGAGCGUCGUGCCAUAACACCCUGGGGAGCUUCCGUUGCCUCUGUCCCACUGGGUUCAACUACGGAGACCAGGGGGGGUGUAGGGACAUCAACGAGUGCUCCUCCUCCUCUAAUCCAUGUAACUACGGCUGUUCCAACACAGACGGAGGGUAUCUCUGUGGCUGUCCACCUGGAUACUACCGCGCUGGACAGGGGCACUGUGUGUCAGGCGUGGGCUUUGGUAGUGGUGUGAGUCUGGGCCAGGGAGGAGGAGGAGGAGGAGGAGGAGGAGGAGGAGGAGGAGGAGGAGGAGGAGGAGGAGGAGGAGGGGCAGCAGAGGUGGGUGACAAUGAUCUGUCUCCUGAGGCCUGCUACGAGUGUAAGAUCAACGGUUACCCCAAGAAGGGGCGCAAACGCCGCGACACCAACUCAACGCUGGAGCAACCGCUGGACAAUGCACAGGUAAUGUCUGUCUGUCUUGGUCUGGUGGCCCAUAGAAUGGUCAUGCUAUCAUGUCUUGCCUGCUCUUCACUGAAUCCGUAGUACAUAUUAACUGUGUGGUCCUGUGUUGUGUCAUCAGGAUCCAGAGUGUUGAGUGUUGUCAGUGUUUACAUA